AUGGCUAAAACAGUAAUUAAAAGCAGGUCGACGCCAUCCUUGAAGAACCCUAAAGUGGCCGCCGAAGACAAUGGACCACAAUUGAAUUCGAAAAGAAGCGGGGGACUUCUCACGGAAAAUGCUGGUAGACAAGGAACGCUUCAAACGAACGCUUUCCAGCGAAAACGCAAAAUUGAGUUGUUUAUUGAGUGCACGGAUCUUGUACAGCUUGAUACGUUCUCUAGAAGUGACCCCAUGUGUGUGCUGUAUGUGAAACGACUAGGCCAGUGGAUGGAAUACGGUAGAACGGAGUCAAUACCAAAUAACCUUCACCCUAAGGUACGCUGAUCAUCUACGGUCCAUCCCAUUACUGGCACCCGGUGGCUAUGGGGCGGUUGUAAAGGGAACUGGCCAUUUGUAGAUGCUCAACUAUAUCAGCUUUAAAUUUGUAGUUACUUUGUAGUACAUUAGCUAGACCUUUUUGCGUUUAAGUACCCAGCUUAAUGACCUUAAGAAAAGACUGUGUGUUAUUGGGGAAAUAGUUGCCGCGGUUAAAGCGAAUUCCUCCCAUUUUUCGGUCAAGUUUCUCAACAUAGGAUCGCUUCAUAAAAUAACCUCCUGUUUCCUUUUUGUCCGUGAAUUUGAACAAUUAUUUUAGUGAGGAAAUAUUAACUAUUAUUUACCUCAUAUAAUAAUAGCUCACCAUCUGUGAAUUUUUUUCUUUUUAAUACUCCUGUGUGACUUAACUUUUUGCUAAUGACCUCUCUGUUCAAAUUCCUGUUAACAAAAAUUGUUAUAAAGAAGGUCUUUUAGUUUUCUAACAGGUUUAUUCGGUCUCAAAGGUAACAGAUGCAAGUUGAAAAUUAUUUAAAUCGACCAUGUAAACAUUGAAUGGCAAUGUUGAGUCUCUUUUUAUGCAACUAUUUAGUUUUGUCUUUUUUUUUUUUUCUAGUGUCUGUCAAUAUAAACGAUAAUGAUAAAUCAUUAUCAAAAUAAUCAACCACACUGGCCCUUUAUUUUUCGAUGCUUCUAGAAUUAAUUAUUUCAAGCAAUGCCGGCUGAGCUUAUGUCACUAUUCAUGACGCUAAAUCAAAAGAAAGCUAGAAAAUGAAAUUGAUGUUAAUCCGAGACUCGGCCGUAAAUAAUUCUCGACAUUUUUAAUUUGAAAUAUUAAAAUCGGUCUGUGAAUUGAAAAUAUACGUUGACUCCAAUGCAAGGUGUGCGCGGAGCUAAUUAUGAUUCAAAACUGUAAACGAAAGGGGAGGAUUAAACUGUUGGUGAAUUCAUGGCUUUUUAAACCGCUGUUAGCCGUACAAUUUCAACUUCAAGCAGCCUUUAAUUUUUAUUCAUUUCUUUCAAUUUCUAUUUUGUUUUACUUUUAAGUAUUCAUUUCAUCAAAUCAAUAUGUGAGGUGAAAAUGCAGCUUUCACUCUGCAUGAUUUUACAUUGAUAUGGUUCGUGAUCAGUCUGGUUCGUGAUUGAAGCUAGAAGGUCGCGCCAUUUUAUCUACUGCCGAUUUAAAAGCUGUCACGAACCGCAAUAUUUGGUGAUAGUGAUUUUUUAUAGCAGUGCUGUAAAGAUGUCAUUGGAGAGAAAACCGUGCUCUUUGGAACGUUUGGAACACAAAAGUUUCAAUUCUUCGUCGCAUUCGUAAACUUAUACCCUCAGAUAUUAUGAUUAAACUGUACAAAGCAUUUAUUCUGCCUCACUUUGAAUACGCAUCACCAUUGUUCAUAGGUCUAAGUAAAGGUUUGUCUGCAAAACUAGAGUCAACCAACGCAUUUGCUCUUAGGACUCUUCUUAACUACUCCAAGUCGACUGCUUAUGAAGAGCUACUUAAAACUGUACAUAUCAAAAGCUUGGAACAUCGACGCAUAGAACAAGCACUGAUACUUGUAUACAAUAGCAUUUAUAACCAGGCACCGAACUACAUUCGGGAAAUGUUUUUACUACGAAGCAAUGGUUACAGCCUACGGGGCCAUCUUAAGGUUGUUCUUCCAAGACCGACCUCAUCUUAUAUGCACCAUUCUUUCACGUACCAGGCUGACAAACAAUGGAACAGUCUACCAGACAAAAUAAGGAUGUCGGAGUCCCUCUCUAUCUUUAGGAAAAACUUACAAAACAUACAGUUGUCUUCAUCGUAUGACUGCAACUGUGAAUUUUGUAAAUAGACAAUCUGAUUACCAAUAUUUUCUCUUUUUAAAUUAUUAUUAUUUUUUAGUUGGUUUAAUUUUUCUAUUUCUUAUUUUUAUUCAUUACUUGUACAUGUAGAUUAUGUAAAUUAUCACGUUGUAAUUUUUAUGGCACAUUUGCAUUUAAACGAGCUAUCGCUCAUAUGCGAUAUGUGGUUAAAUAAAAUUACUUACUUACUUACUUACUUUAAACGUCGACCUUCACAGUGUUCCGAAUAUAAUGCUAAUGAGGAAAAUCUAUUGUUCUGUCUCGCUCAUUUGCAUCGGAUUCAGCAAAUGUAGCGGGCAUUAGGUUAUGUCAGGAGCCCAUAACCCGGAGCGUUCAACUGCCAUAAAUUCGUGCAACGGCGUUUUUACAAGUGCGUUUAUUUUUAGAUAAGCUUUUCCCGCGAAAAAUAACUGUUCCACGAGGUCAAUUCCUCCAUUUGAUCGUCGUUUAGACUGUUAGUAGCUCGCUUGGACCUUUUCACAGUCGGCUAUUUCGAAGAUGAUUUCGAUUUAAUUCCCUUUACAUGAAUUAUGUGUUGUCGCCGAUGAAGUAGACGUCCUGGCUAGGCUUUGCAAAUCUUGCUCUUGACUGCUAGUUUCCGUGUAAAUACUGAAAUUGUCGCUUGAAGCACUGUCAGAAGACUCCUCUGAAGAUUCCUCACGUGUGUCCGCCAUGUUUUUUGCUCCGGGUUAUGGGCUCCUGGAUAUGUUCACAUUAUACCAGGUGGCUUUUACGCCGGCAAGCAAACCAUACCUGAUAGAGCUUCUGUUCACACAUAAGAACGGUGAUUUCGGCGCGAUUUCUGUAACGGAGCGAAGCGGCGCCAUGGCGAUCUUUAAAGUGGAGAGUCACAUGUGGGUUAGGCGUUCACACUAUUCGCGGUAGCCAAAAAAGGGCUAGACUGCUAGCAGCCUCUCUUUUUCUUCAGAUUUAGUAAGGAAGUGCACGCGCGCGCGAGCGUUGGGCGGCGAAGCCGCAAGACGCGAGAAACGAGGGCGUCAGCCCGAGAAGAGGUUGUCGUGCCUCUCCCGUCUCGCGCCUUCAGUCACGCGCGUGGUCAUUUGGGUGUCUUGGACGUUUUGCUCGACGGACCAAGAAAAAAGAGAGACUGCUCGUAGUCUAAAAAAGGGCUUUCGUGUUGUUACAAACAUCUUGGAUUAUACAACUGCCAAAUUUUAAGCACAUUGUCAUGUGAUGAAAAGAAUUGUUAUUGCUGCAUCCUUGUAUAAAAACCGUAAGUACAGCAGGUCUGCACAUCAGCGCGAAUAUUGAAUCACGGAAAGAAAACUUGACGCACUGAAUACAGACUGAGCAGCACAAAAGGUUUUAAUAAGCAUUUUAUACUAAAUGGUAACUUCAUAAAAUUGAAAUAAAUAAUUAUUACUUUUUUUCAGUUCAUAGAGACGUUUAUCAUUGAAGCUAACACGACGUUAUAUCCAAGACUUCGCUUUUCAGUUUUUGAUCUGGCAAACUUCACCUCCAAAGACCUUCGUAAACACGACUUUAUUGGCUGCCUAGAAAUUGAAUUGGAAGCCAUGUUGGAAUGCGACAACGGAUCAGCUAUUAGAACGUUACGGCUUCCGGGAGAUGUAAAAUCGCGAGGUUAUAUACAUGUGUACUGGGAAGAUGUGAAGGAAAGCAGGACUAACGUUAAACUUCAUUUUGGAGCCACGAAUUUGUCAAAGAAAGGACUUUUAGGAAAGUGCGAUUCAUUUUUUGAAAUUAAUCGUCUGCUGUCCAAGCCUGAUCACUUCCAUCCUAUCUACAGAUCUGAAGUGGUCACAAGAACAGCCUGUCCAAAGUGAGUUAAUUAUAUCAACCCUUUUUAAAUAAAUUUGAUAAAUUUGAAUUCUCAUUUGUUACCCCUAUUCAUUUCCCACAGAAGUAGUAGGGAGAAGAUAAUAAAAUAUCAAGCAAAUUCAUCUUGUGUGAUCAUGUCCGUAAUUCUCAUGACCACUCUGUUUUACAAAGCAUUGAUAUUACAGGCAGAAAUUUGAUGCUGAUCAAUCUUAAGGCUUAAAGGGUUAAUUGCGCACUACUGGAUUGCAGGUAUUUCUGCAAAGAUCACGCUGGCUGGUCAGAUCUCUUCAAUUGAAAUUUAUACUGAAAGAAUUAAGUUAUCGUUGGUGGUUUUUGAGCUAUCUCCUAAAUAGUCCUUAAAGUGAGCCUUUUAUAGUCAGUGUUUAUGAUGACGCUUCGCCCAAUAUCACGAUAGGCCUAGACAUAAUUGAAGAGGAAUUUUCUUCUCGUACAAUCUUAUAACGUCGGAACGGCGGAGUAAAGUCGACGUAGAGUGUUUAGUGCUUGAUGCGUCUGAAAGGUUGGGGGAAGCGAUCCAAACAUUUUUGAUAGGGGGGCUAAAAAAUGCUUCGAGGUUGAAACUAUUUUCCCUAGAAGAUCUUUUCUUGCGAACUUCAUUAGAAACAUUUGUUUCUUGUGUAAGUGGAUUAAGCCACGAGAUGCUUGAGAUGACUGGGUAAGCUUUAUUACAUUUUAAGCACUUUAGAAAGUCCUCCGGUCUGACCGAUAUAUCGGUGGGGAGGAGUGUCCGAAAAUUUUCGACCCCCGGAAUACGCCACUUCUAAAACGUAUAGUUGUUGAGUACUGACAGACGUGAAAUUCUGGCACCCAGUCAACUUCUUUACGGACACCUUCUUAAAACGGACACUAGCCUGUUCCAAGCGUUCAGAUAGUGGAGAGCGGUGCGGAGUUAAGAAAGCGAUGAAAAGUAGAGGGGGACUCCUCCUCCCUCGCUUUUAUUUUUUCGCGCUCCUUUUUACUUCGCACCGCUCCCCACUAUCUGAACGCCUGGAACAGGCUAAACGGACACCUAUAGCUGA